AUGUCUAAGGAGAGCCCCCAAGCACAAGGCUCCAAGUCAUCCAGCGAUGUCUCCACGCAGUAUCUUUCCAAGCCGGCUCACAGUCUCACCUAUGAAGAGGUGAUUCAGGAACUCGGCACAAAUUCAGACAAUGGCCUCACCACGAGCGACGUCAAACAGCGCCUGGAGAAAUAUGGCGGAAACGUUUUGGAAGGAGACGAAGGUGUCUCUUUUGCUAAAAUUGUCAUUAGACAGAUUGCAAAUGCCAUGAUGCUGGUUCUCAUCAUCGCUAUGGCCGUUAGUUUCGGUAUCAAAUCAUGGAUUGAAGGUGGUUUUAUCGCCGCGGUGAUCGCCCUGAACAUCGUUGUUGGGGUUUACCAGGACUUUGCCGCUGAAAAGACAAUGGAUUCUCUUCGAUCUUUGUCUUCGCCCACAGGCGUUGUCACUCGAGAUGGUAAAACUCAAACUGUACCCGCCCAGGAAAUUGUUCCGGGUGAUAUGGCCGAGUUGAAAGUUGGCGACACCGUGCCUGCUGAUCUUAGACUUGUCGAAGCUAUGAACUUCGAAACAGAUGAAGCUCUACUCACUGGCGAAUCUCUCCCCGUCCAGAAAGAAGUCGAUGCCACCUACGAUGUCGACACCGGCCCCGGCGACCGUUUGAAUAUUGUCUACAGCUCUUCCACAGUAACCCGCGGCCGCGCCAGAGGUGUCGUAAUCGGCACUGGUAUGAAGACUGAGAUUGGUGCCAUCGCUGCUGCCCUUCGUGGAGGCGAUUCCAAACGCCGCCCUGUCAAGCGUGGCCCCGAGGGCGAAACCAAGAAGCGCUGGUACAUUCAAGCCUGGACAUUGACCACUACCGACGCGAUCGGUCGUUUUCUCGGAAUCAAUGUCGGAACUCCCCUCCAGCGGAAACUCUCGAAGCUCGCGCUUCUCCUCUUUGCUAUCGCAGUUGUAUUUGCAAUUGUUGUCGCAGCAUCUAACGAUUGGCGCGGUGAUAACGAAGUCAUCAUCUACGCUGUUGCUACUGGCCUGGCUAUGAUUCCUGCUUGCUUGGUUGUUGUUCUGACGAUUACAAUGGCAAUGGGGACGAGACAGAUGGUGCAGCGACAUGUCAUUGUUCGAAAGCUGGAUUCUCUCGAGGCCCUUGGUGCUGUCACCAACAUUUGCUCGGAUAAAACUGGAACCUUGACACAAGGUCGCAUGGUCGCAAAGCGUGCUUGGCUUCCAUCCGUGGGCACUUAUUCUGUUGGAGCAUCAACGGACCCCUUAGACCCCAAGGAAGGAGAGCUAAGCUUGACAGAUGCGGCACCUAUUGAGCUGAGUGCUGAAUCCCGUGCCGGCGACCCUGCUGCACCCGAGGAUCUAUUGAAAGGCAGUGGCCUGUUGAAGUCAUUCCUGAACGUCGCGGCACUAGCCAACCUAGCACAUUUGCACAAGUCCGCCAGCGAGGGAUGGCAAGCCCGAGGCGAACCAACUGAUAUUGCCAUCCAGGUCUUUGCUUGGCGUUUUGACUGGGGGAAUGAUCGCCUGAUGAAGGGCGAGAAACCCAUCUGGCGCCAAAAAGCCGAAUACCCGUUUGACUCCAGUGUGAAGAAGAUGUCGGUUGUCUUUGCCAAACGCGACGAGGAAACUGGAAACACACAGGAAAUGAUUUUUAGCAAGGGUGCUGUUGAGCGCGUUCUUGAAACUUGCACGACUAUUCACUGGAAAUCCGACUCUCCCAUCCCUCUUACCGAUGAAAUCCGCCACCAGAUCCUGCAAAACAUGGAGGCAUUGGCCAAGGAAGGUCUGCGUGUUCUUGCGCUGGCUGGCCGGGAACAUACUGGAAACAAGGAAAGCAACGAACCCCUUCCCCGCGAAGAAAUCGAGAAGGAUCUUGUUUUCUACGGACUCAUUGGAUUGUAUGACCCACCUCGCCCUGAAACCGCAGGUGCCAUUGCCCAAUGCUAUAAGGCCGGCAUUUCUGUUCACAUGGUUACGGGUGAUCACCCGGGUACUGCGCGCGCAAUUGCUGCGCAGGUUGGAAUUAUCCCGUCCAAUAUGGAUAUGGUCGCGAAGGACGUCGCUGAUGCGAUGGUCCGCAUGAUUGAUGCUUUGCACCGCCGCGGAAGAUAUGUCGCCAUGACUGGUGAUGGUGUGAACGAUUCGCCCUCUUUGAAGCGGGCUGACGUUGGUAUUGCUAUGGGGCAGAAUGGUUCCGACGUGGCCAAGGACGCUUCAGAGCUUGUUCUAACCGACGACAACUUUGCCUCGAUCAUUAACGGUAUUGAAGAAGGCCGCAGGAUUUUUGACAAUAUCCAGAAAUUCGUUUUGCAUCUGCUGGCUGAGAACGUUGCUUUGGCAAUUACUCUGCUCAUUGGUCUUGCUUUUAAGGAUGACUCCAAUCAAUCUGUCUUCCCUAUCUCCCCCGUUGAGAUUAUUUGGAUCAUCAUGGUUACUUCUGGUCUUCCUGAUAUGGGCUUGGGAAUGGAGUCCGCGGCUCCAGAAGUUAUGGACCGACCGCCCCAGAGUAAACAAGGUAUCUUUACCUGGGAAAUCAUUGUCGAUACACUCGUCUACGGUGUGUGGAUGGCAGCUCUCUGUCUUUCCGCCUUCGCUCUUGUCAUGUUCCGUUGGGGUGAUGGCAACCUUGCCAUGGGAUGUAACACUCAAUACAACGACGCCUCUACAGACUUCACUUGUGACACCGUCUUCCGCGCCAGAGCAACCACAUUCACCUGUAUGACCUGGUUUGCUCUCUUUCUCGCAUGGGAGAUGAUGAAUCUUCGCCGCAGCUUCUUCCGCAUGAAGCCCGAAUCCAAGCGCUACUUCACCCAGUGGAUGUAUGAUAUCUGGAGCAACCGAUUCCUCUUCUGGGGUAUUAUGGCUGGCUUUGUGCUUGCUUUCCCGAUUCUGUAUAUCCCUGUCAUCAACCACAGCGUCUUCAAACACACUGCUAUCUCAUGGGAGUGGGGAAUUGUCUUUGUUGAGACAGUGCUUUUCUUCCUUGGUAUCGAGACUUGGAAGUGGUUCAAGCGAGUCUACUUCCGUCGCCAGGCCCGCAUGCAGAAGGACAAAGGAGACAAGGGUGGAGAUCAGUACUAUCUUGGAGACUUUAAUCGAUAUGUCUCUAUGAGCCGCUCGGAGACUCAAGCCUCUGGUGGCAUGAAGACUGAAGAGUCGAUGGUUUAA